AUGGCCGACAAAACUAUGCCUAUUUUUGUUCCAUCAGAAAAACCUGUGAAAGUAGUUAAGUGGAAAGUAAAACAAGGUGUUUUUGUUUCGCAAGGUCAAAUAUUAUUUUUAUACAAUGAUUCGUCAGGCAAUGUUACUGAAUUAAAGAAAUUUAAAGCAAUUCGUGCGGGUACUAUCUCAUCGAUCAAGGUGAAGGAAGGAGACAUUGCAGAGCCUGGGGGAGCUAUAGCCGAGUUGGAAGAAUGUCGGCAUCCAACUGUGAUGAAGGAAAUGUGUGCAGAGUGCGGUGCCGAUCUGCGGACCGACGAAGUUACCAGUCGCGAUGUAGCCGUGGUCCCCAUGGUGCACUCUGUACCUGAACUAAAGGUCUCUGAAGAAUUGGCUCAAAAACUUGGUCGGGAAGAUGCUGAGCGUCUUCUCAAAGAUAGGAAGCUGGUACUUCUUGUGGACUUAGAUCAAACAUUAGUUCACACCACUAAUGAUAAUAUACCACCUAAUUUGAAGGGAGUUCUGCACUUCUUCUUGCGAGGUCCUGGUUGCCCAGGUCGGUGGUGUCACACGCGCCUACGUCCACGUACAAAAGAAUUUCUUGAAUCUGCAUCUCAAAAUUACGAACUGCAUGUUUGUACAUUUGGAGCUCGACAAUAUGCUCAUGCAGUAGCUGAUUUACUUGACCCUGAAAAAAAGUACUUUUCACACAGAAUUCUGUCAAGAGAUGAGUGCUUUGAUGCUAGAACAAAAGCUGCAAAUCUUAAGGCAUUAUUUCCAUGCGGCGAUAAUAUGGUAUGCAUAAUUGACGACCGUGAAGACGUGUGGCGACAUGCCACCAAUUUGAUUCAUGUUAGACCAUAUUCAUUCUUCCAAUCAACUGGGGACAUAAAUGCACCUCCUCCGCCUGAAAACGAAAAAACUAAAAUAGCGAGUGGUUUAAACGGCGCCGCACAAGGGAAUCAGAUGCCGACAUUGGACGCUGAGCCUGAACAAAAAGAAAAAGACGCUUCCAAGGACAUUGAAAGUAAAGAAGAAGGUGGCAAUGGCAAAAUACUAACGAAAGAUGUCAAGAGUAAUAACACUGAGAUAAAGAAGAGUGAAGAAGCCGAUCAAGAAAGUGACGAGAGAAUAGUUCAGGACCCUGCAGAAUCGAAGUGGACUGAAACUUCUGAUGGACAAAUAGAGGUGGAAGACCCAGACGAUUAUUUAAUUUAUUUGGAAGAUAUACUUAAAAGGAUACAUAAGCAUUUCUAUGAUCUCUAUGACAAAAUGGGCAAAAACCAAAUUCCAGACUUAAAGUGUAUAAUACCUGAAGUAAAGAGUGAAGUUUUAGCUGGCACUAGCUUAGUUUUUAGUGGUUUAGUACCAACACAUCAAAGAUUGGAAACAUCCAGAGCAUAUCAAGUAGCCAGGAGCCUAGGGGCUGAGGUGACACAGGAUUAUACCGAUAAGACUACACAUUUAGUGGCAGUAAGAGCAGGGACGGCAAAAGUGAACGCGAGUCGGCGAAUGGGCGACGGAACGGCGAAAAAAUUUCACGUAGUAACCCCGGAAUGGAUGUGGACAUGUGCCGAGAGAUGGGAGCGAGUCGACGAGAGAUUGUACCCUCUACAAAGAGGUGGACAGAGCGGGUGCCGCCGGCCGCCGGCGCACUGCAGCAGCCCGCCGCCCGCGCACGCGCCGCCCGCCGCCGCCGCGCAGCGCAAGCGCACGCCCUCGGGGCGCUUCAUGGAUACCAUCAACCCGCUGCUCUCCUUCUCCACCGACGACAUCGCCGAUAUGGAUAGAGAAGUCGAAGACAUAUUCAACGAAUCAGAUGAAAGUUCUUCAGAUGACGAAAAACCGGGUGAUGACGACUUAGAUGAUGAAGAAAAUCCUCCAGAAGAUAGAUUAAUAUCUGUUAGCGCCGAAAAUAGUUUACAAGACAGGUUACAAGACUCACAGGAAGCCGAAGGAACAAAUGGAUCAGAUGAUGCAGAUGAAGAGCCUAGACCCCGCAAGCGACCUCGACGGUCGUCACCGCCUUCAGAUGAAGAGCCGCCAGAUGAUGAUGACAGCUCGUGGAACCUCAUGGGAGCGGCGCUUGAAAAAGAAUUAUUAGCGCAGGACUGA